AUGUCCGGUCUUCACGAUAAAAACCGCGCGGCGUACCCCUUUGACGCUGAUUGCUCGUCGCGCCUGGCGGCACUCACCGACCCCGUUUCCCCGAAACCACGCCGCGCUUCGUCAUGCUUGCAUCGCUUCGCCCUAGCCGAUGGGCUUUUGAUGUUCCAACCCACCGCGGACUCGCCCCCGCACAUUGUCAUGCCCGGCGACGCGCAGCUGCAAACGCUUGGAAAAACCAUUGCCAAGGCAUUGUUGACCACGGGACACACCAAGUUGGAGAAAUGGGGGCCGGCAGUUGAGACAAGUUAG